CAUUACUUUCUGGAAAUAGUGUAUCUGACGUUGUACGUUACACACAUAUUUACAAACAUAAGAUACGUACAGCACUUCAUAAAACCUCAAUGUCACCUAGUGUUCGAGGACGCAAGCCUAUUGUACAUGUUCCUUCAAGCGAACAGAUCCAAAACCUAUAUAAGCAAUCUGAGAUCCAGCGUCGGCAGCUUGUUUGCACCGGCUGUCAAACAAUGGACUCCUUAUGCCACAAUGGAGCUUCGCCAGGCGACCUCCCUCAGCCCAGCUUCAUUUGCGAAUGCUGUAACAAGAACUACAAUGCACCUACCAUGGUCAAUUUGCUCCAGCCUACCUCAACAAUUACUGAACUACCUCCUGACGCCAACGCCCAGAACUCAUUGAAAAUUUCUGGAUCAUCAUCUCCGAGCCCCGAGAACAAUGGUUUGGCAUCCAGUGUAACCAUAGCCUAUUUGCAAUCUACCAUUGAGAAACUAUAUGCCGAACUUAAACAAAUCCAAGCUAAACUCAAACAAGCCCUCAGUGCAAUCCAAGCAUUGCGUAAACAACAAGCUUCCGCUGAUUCCAAGCCCUAUACUGACUUAAACAAUCCUCAAUUCCUACCUCUGUGCCCUUCCUCCCAACCACUCCCUCCUUGGCGAGACGCAGCCCAGCUCAAUAGUAUCAAAGCCUCCAUACUCGAAAAGUGUCAACGACAUCGAAUCCAACGUCAGGAAACUACUGUUCGAUUUUUACAACCACCUUCCAAGAACUAA